AUGUUAGCUCUUCGUUUUUAUGCCUCUGGAAGUUUUAUGGAGGUGAUAGGGGAUACCAUGGGGCUGGAUAAGAGUACAGUAAGCAGAACCGUCGAUCGUGUUACUGAUGCACUCCUUGCACAGAAAGACAGAUUUAUAAAAUGGCCAAGUCAAGAGGAAAUUGCAAGAUCAAAACAGAAUUUCUUUGCAAGGGGAGGAUUUCCAGGAGUUUUCGGCUGUAUCGAUGGGACACACGUCCGAAUUCAGGCGCCAUCGGAAGAUGAGGCCGUCUUUGUUAACCGGAAGGGGUAUCAUUCCAUCAAUGUACAGGCUAUAUGUGACCAUGAAGGGAAAUUCAUAAACAUUGACGCACGGUGGCCCGGAAGUACCCAUGACAGCCACAUUUUCCGGACAUCUGAGGUCAGCUUAUUCUUGGAAGCAAACCAUCGUGGUGUUGAGGACGGCUAUCUCCUUGGUGAUAGCGGCUAUGCCUGUUCUAGGUUUCUUAUCACCCCGUACCUUCACCCAGCGAAUCCUUCUGAGGAAGCCUUUAAUGCAGCCCAUUGUCGCACACGUAACACCAUUGAGCGAGUAUUUGGAUGGUGGAAAAGAAGGUUCUAUGUACUGCAUAGCGAAAUGAAGAUGAAGCCGGCGAAAGUCUGCAGAAUAAUUGGCGCAUGUGCAAUUCUGCAUAAUAUUGCAUUGUCUCUAAAGGAAGAGAUGGAGGACGAUGAUGAACAAGAUGACAACCCUGCAGUUCAGCUGGUUUAUCGUGGACCCGAAGAUGGAAGGGCAAUUAGAAACUUCAUCACCAGAACCUAUUUCUAAAUUGAAUCAACAGA